UAUUGCUUGUGGAGUGUGUAAAUUCAAUUGCUUCAUCAAAAUUGUUGAUAUAUUAUCUUGAAAAUUGUUAAUAUAGACGAGUUGAUAUUUCGAACAUUGACUUUAAUAAAGUAUCCAUAUUUCAAAUAUAUUAUUUGUAUAAUAAAAGAAUGGCUCUUCGUGCUCAGUUCGAAAACAAUGACGAUAUAGGUGUGUUUAGCAAACUAACGAAUUCAUACUGUCUGGUUGCGAUUGGAGGAUCAGAAGCUUUCUACAGCACAUUUGAAUCGGAACUUUCAGAAACCAUUCCGGUGGUACAUGCCAGCAUUGCAGGUUGUCGCAUCAUUGGUCGACUGACGGUUGCUAACAAAAAUGGGCUGAUCGUUCCCGGAAGUACCACAGACGUAGAACUGCAGCAUCUGAGAAAUUCUUUACCAGAUUCGGUUAAAAUUCAACGCGUUGAAGAACGAUUAUCCGCCUUAGGAAAUGUGAUUGCUUGCAAUGAUUACGUCGCACUGGUACAUCCUGACAUCGACAGAGAAACGGAAGAGAUCAUAGGAGAUGUGCUCGGUGUAGAAGUUUACCGACAAACCAUAGCGAACAACGUGCUGGUGGGAGCGUACUCAGUCCUUAGCAAUCAAGGUGGCCUGAUCCAUGCAAAGACACCUACCUCAGAACUGGAUGAACUAGCUUCGUUGUUACAAAUUCCAUUGGUGGCUGGUACUGUAAAUCGAGGGUCAGAAGUUCUAGCUGCCGGUGUGGUAGUGAAUGACUGGUGUGCCUUCUGCGGAAUGAGUACAACUUCAACGGAACUCUCGGUGGUGGAAAGUGUUUUCAAAUUGAACGAAGCUCAACCGGCAGGAGUGACGAACAAUCUGCGGGCGUCCUUGAUAGAGGCAAUGGCAUGAAUUUUUCCAGUGUAAAAGUUUUCGACAUGAUUGUUUAAAUUUAUGUAUUAAAUUCAAUAAAAAGUGAAUAUUGCAAAUCUAACAAAUAUAAAACUAAAGUAACUGACAGUGGUAACUUACAAAAUAUACCGAAGCCACGUUAAGCAAAA